AACAUCAUCUUUGGUUUUAUAUUAUGUUCCGCCAAAUGAGUAUAUUGGACACAUUACAUUCUUUUAGUUACAUUUCAAGGAGAAAGGCUCACCGCUGUUCCUCCUAACUCAAAGUUUAAUUUUGUUGGAGGUUUAAGUCGGCCUUAAAGUCAAAAUGUCUGCACUUAAAGAAAAGCAAGUUGAAGAGGAAGCUCAGAUUCAUCGUAUUCGAAUUACAUUAACCAGCCGAAAUGUAAAGAGUUUAGAAAAAGUUUGUACUGAAUUAAUCAGGGGAGCAAAGGAAAAAAAAUUAGUUGUUAAAGGACCUGUUCGUAUUCCAACUAAAGUUCUUCGUAUUACAUCUAGAAAAACACCUUGUGGUGAAGGUUCUAAAACAUGGUCACGUUAUGAAAUGAGAAUUCAUAAGCGUUUGAUUGAUUUACACAGUCCAGCUGAAGUUGUGAAACAAAUCACCUCUGUAAGUAUUGAACCUGGAGUUGAAGUUGAAGUUACUAUUGCAGAUAGUUAAAUUGUAAAAGUCUUAAAUUUAAAAAAAUACAAUUUAAACGUGUG